UGACAGCAGCAGUCAGCUGCAGGGAGAACAAAAACAUGGCGGUUUGCAUAGCAGUGAUCGCUAAAGAGAACUACCCACUAUACAUACGCAGUGUGCCAUCUCAAAACGAGUUGAAAUUCCACUACACGGUUCACACCUCUCUGGAUGUGGUGGAGGAGAAGGUCUCAGCUGUGGGGAAAUCCAUAGGUGACCAGAGGGAGCUCUACCUGGGUCUGCUCUAUCCAACUGAAGACUAUAAAGUAUAUGGGUAUGUAACCAACUCCAAGGUUAAAUUUGUGAUUGUUGUGGACUCCUCCAAUACAUCAUUACGGGACAAUGAAAUACGAAGUAUGUUUAGAAAAUUGCACAACUCUUUCACCGAUGUAAUGUGCAACCCAUUCUAUAACCCUGGGGAUCCAAUUCAAUCAAAGGCCUUCAAUGGAAUAGUCUCUGGAAUGAUGGUUCAAACAGGCUGACAUCUCAUCCAGUUAACCUUUGAGCAUCCACUGUACAUAUGACCCUUUUUCCUUUCUACAUGUCUUUACUCUUGGAAAAUAAAAAUAAAACUAUUAAUAAACCUGAAA